UAUAUAUUAGUCAAGGAACCCCGAAGAAGACCUUGGAGGCGGAAAAGAUUUUUUACCGGACAUGAAGAAGAGAGUAGAAGAAGAAGCAAGAGGAACAACAACAACACGGAUUGUUCACUUUUAAUUCCUAAAAAACGUGACCCAGCUUUUCCAGAGGUGCUGUCCUGCAGUAGAUGAGCUGUGUAUAAACACUCGGGAGUAGCUGCUGAAAACAAUGGAUCUGAGUUUGGCUGUUUGGAGCCCCCUGACUCAUCCUUUUUUGGGGGUUCUGGGAUAGCUCUAACAGAGACCAUGAAUCGUGGAACUGCUCUUUCAUGAAACUGCACAAUUCAGACAGACAGCAGUGAGAGGAGCAUGGAGCAAGAGGCAGCCGAGAAGAAGAUGGAUGACGGGGAGAUCCCUGAUGGCAAAUCUGCAUUUUUGACUAAUUUGAAUCAGUGGGAGGACAGACGAAGAGAUGAUGGCUGUGAGAAAGAGGACAACAUGGCUGAUUUCAGUUCUCAGGAAACGCCACAUCCUUCCCCUCUAGAAGACUCUGACACAGAAUGGUGUGGAUCCACGAAGGGCAAAGAGGAUACAGACGAGAUUUCUGAUGUGUUUGAGCAUAAUGGGAGUACAGAUCAAGAGAACCCAAAGGUUAUUAAUCAAGAGGAGGACGAAGCUGCAAAGGAGCAGCACAUGAACGGGGACUCUGGUUGGAGUAACGUGGGGGGUGGCCGAAAAUUUAAGUUUCGGAGCAGCGGAUCAGUGUUAGAGCAGAGCAGUCAGAGUACCUUCUCCUCCUUUCAAAAAAGCAACGUUGUGUCAAGUGGAGCGCGGCACAAGCAGACUCGCAAACGCAACCACCACCACCACCAUCAGCCAAACAGAGGACGGAGGCAAACCGGAAACCAACUCGUCAUCGCUUUCAAAGAAAUGCUGUCAGAGUCUCUGAGUUUCUGGUGCAUCUCCUGCAUCCAUAUGUUCAUUGAAAUCAUUGUGACGUUAACUCACAACUGCGGAGUGGGAGUGGAGACUGGCGCUGUGAAACUUUACAAUGUCGGACAGCAGAUCUUUGUAAAGAUCACUGACGUACCUGGAAUGAAGGAAGAUUUCAGUCGCUUUUUUAAAUGGACAAAAUUUACUGUAGCUGACCUGGUGGAUAAAACUUUAAAGUCCCUGAAGUGUGUAAAAACGGCAUUCUUGCACUGUUUCAGACUUUGCUGUACUUUAAUGACUCUGAGUUUCAAAUGGGGGAACGGUAUAGUGGUCCGUAUCGGUGGUGAGAGAGGAAAACACCUCUGGAUAGCUUUCCACGAGUCGAAGUUUUGGAAAAGGGUCGUUUCCCUGAUGGACAGAGUCCGAAAAUUGUUCCGGAGAGGCAGUCGGGUACCACCGUAUGCACCUGAGUCCCCAGAAAGAGCAGGGAGAUCUAUGCAAGGCCAGGAGUUGGAGCGACUUCUGGCUUUGGUGGAAGUACCGGAGGAGGAGCUCGACCCGUUUUCAGUACUCGGUGUAGAGGUGGACGCCACGGAGACGGAGCUGAAGAAGGCCUACAGACAGCUGGCUGUCCAGGUCCAUCCAGACAAGAACAAACACCCCCGUGCCGGAGAGGCUUUUAAAGUUUUAAGGGCAGCCUGGGAUAUCGUUAGUAAUCCCGACACACGGCGAGAGUACGAGCUGAAGCGCAUGGCAGCGACCGAGCUGUCAAAGUCCAUGAAUGAGUUCCUCACUAAACUGCAGGAUGACCUGAAGGAAGCCAUGAACACCAUGAUGUGCACCAAGUGUGAAGGGAAGCACAAGCGAUUUGAGAUGGAUCGGGAACCCGCAGAAGCCCGGUUCUGCGCCGAAUGCAGCCGCUGCCACAGCGCAGAGGAGGGAGAUUUAUGGGCGGAGUCCAGCAUGUUGGGCCUUCGCAUUACCUACUUUGCUUGUAUGGAAGGGAAAGUUUAUGACAUAACAGAGUGGGCGGGUUGUCAAAGAAUCGUCAUUUCCCCGGACACGCAUCGCGUGCCGUAUCACAUCUCCUUUGGUUCAAAGAACAACAGCAGCGCCACACGACACAGGAUGCCGUCAGAACACCCUCCUGGUCCAACAAAUCCUGCAGACCUGCAAAACUUCUUCAACAGAAUCUUCAAAGGCGGACCUCCGAAUGACAUGCCCGCCAAUGGAAGCUUCUUCCCCCCAGGUCCACCUCACCACCACCCUCCUGGAGCCGGGGCUGCUCCGUUCCCCCCGCCGCCCAGCCAGACGGGUUUCUUCAUGCCAGGCGGGCCUCGGCCAGAGUCCAGUGACACGUGGGCUGAAAGCGGCAAACCUCCAAGGAGAAGGAAGAAGGUCCGCAAGCCCUUCCAGAGGUGAAGCCGCUGACUUUUAGUGUAUUAAAAUGACAACGCAUGGAUAAAGGAUGUCUGUCCAUGGCUGUUUUUUGUCUGCCUGUUGGCACGCCAAAAUCUGAACUGGAGACAACAAAUGGUGAGGCUGAAAGCCGAGUCUGAGGGCCUGAAUCAUGAAGAAGAGCUGGUUGACCGACUGAAUGGUUAAACUGGCACUGAUUGUACUUUACCCUUUCUCGUCAGCAUUUUUUUAUUGAUGACUGUAGCCUUUGGAGUUUAAAUCCUUGCCAGGACGCCGUUAUGAAGUUUGUUUUUAUUUUCUCCAUCAUAAUCUGCCAAAUCCAUUAUCAUUGCAUGAUGUACUCAGCUGCAUUUUGAUGCUUCCGUUUUUUUUCUCUUUUGUUUUCUUUGUUGUUGAUUUGGAUGAAGUGAGUUCUGCUCAUGAACGGACGGAGUGAGAGUCGAGGAAAGAGUUUCAGUCAGUAACCAGAGCAGUACACGGAUCCGGGCAGCUUUACUCCAUCAGUGUUAUUCAUUACUGUUCAAAAGUUUAGUAAAAAUCUGAAUCGGCCACAUCCUCUUAUGUCGGGAGGAACUUUGAGUAGAUUUUCACUUUGGAUUUGCAGUUUAGAAAAGGUGAACAUACAGUAAAUGCAAAUAUUCCAAUAAUCUUUAAGAUGAUAUAACAGAGACUUCAUUAUCUCUUCAUUUCAAAAGGCUUCUACUGAAUUCAAAACGUUUACUUUGUCACUUAAAAAUAUUCUAAGCAUCUCCAGUAAAAUUCUGAGUGGAACUAUUUCUCCGAGUUCUCCUAGUCCAACAGAACAUUACUGUAAAGGUCGGACUCAUUAUUAUCAUUAUUAUUGGAAAAUACACAAACUUGACAAGCAGCAAUGCCACCAUUCAAUGCUAUGAAAGGUUUUUGCUUUUGGGGCAUAUUAUGAACACAACACUAAGUUUUGUCCAGAGAAGUCUAAAAACAACUGCAGCUACUUAUUUUGAACAUCUGCUCGUCUGUCUUUCAGAGACGCCACCUUUUAUUUCUGCUCGAGUCAGACUGUAAUGUCAUUUUUUUUUUGCACAAUUUUUGUGGUGUUUUGCUAAUAAAAGAAACAAAAAAACAUUCAUAAAUUGAAGUGGUUCAGAUUUGGGGCAACAUUUUUUUUUAACAAGAAACGAUCGGUUUGCAUAAAGAAUUUCAUUGUAGCGGUUGAACGUCUUUACCUGACGUGGUUAUGUCUGGGUAACGUGGAAAAUCAACACGGUGAGCUGUUUUGUAAGGGCUUUUAUUUUUCUUUUACUAAGAAUGUUGACAGUUGAAUACAAGUUUUCAAUAAAGUUAUUCUUUUUUGUCUUCA